GGUGACUUCACAUGUAUUUCAGUUUUAUCGUAAUUAACUGUGUAAUCUUGUUCCUACACAUCAGUAAAGAAUACACACAUCUAUUUCAAGAAAAUUGGAACUGAUCUCUUUUUUUCUGUUACUUUUUUAUUCAUACAAACAUUAGUGUCAAGCCUUAUAAUAAUUUGCUGGAAUUAUUAAGUUAAUGCUUUAGUCCUUUAGUUAUAGUUUAAGUAUAGUUGAAGUAUAAAUAAUUGCAUGAGAGUCAUUUUUUUAUUAUUCUCAGAUGUGUGUUUUUUGAUGUGAGCUGAAAGAGUAAUUGAAUUGCUAAUAACAUAAAAGUGUUUGCAGUUUGCAGGUAAUGUGGAAAUAUUCAUGCCGUGUGACGAAUGCACAUGUAAUAUCAAGUGGUUGUGGCGUAGUUAGUCUCUUUCUAAAGGUGAGUGGCACUUUAUCUCACAUUUAAAAGUUGUUUGCAACCAUUCACUCAAAAGUGAGUGAAAUGUCGAAGAAUGCACUAAUGUUGUGGAAUUGUUAGUGUGGAAUAUUCUUCUAACACUAUAGCAGUUAAAUGUGGCUCAUCGUACCAGCAAAGUUAAAACAAUGGGGAGAGCGACAAAAUGUUUCACAGUGAAUCGGUUGGUUCCUGUCUUUAUUUGAAUUUAACAGAGUUGCUAUGUUCUGUGAUUACUAGUGUCAGAUUUCUUGCAUUUCCUCAAAUUUCAUUAGCUUGUAUUACUAUGCAUUUAUUUGUGGAGAAUAAGGGAAGAAUAGUGAUACUGAACUAAUAUAUGUAAUUAUAACUUGGUAAUGUUGAUCUUAUUCUUUAUUUGAACCACCACCUUCAUGCAACAUGAUCUAAACGUAGUAGUGUGGUCUUGGAUACAUGGACACUUAAGGCUGAUCUAGUAGAUGUAUUUCAUUCCUUAUGUUUCCUUCACUGUGUUAGUGAAAGUAAUAACAUUUUACUUCUUGUUAAGUAAACAAUUUUAAGUCAUUGAUAGGUUCAUAGUACAUCUCAAAAAAUAAAACCUUGCAUGUUUGGUUAUGAUUCACAUUAUUAGAACUGUUUUGCUGGGUUGAUGGUUUUUUUUUUUUUUUUUUUUUUAACUGAUUUGUUAUAAGAAAACUAGUAUAUAGAUAACUUGCUUUUAAUAUCCUAGUAUUAAUGCUGAAAAUAAUGUGUCAUUGGCUUGCUAUGAAUGCCUUAGCAACUUCUGUCUGCAAGUUCAUCCCAGUUGAAUGUGGUUUAAGGUAGGUGUCUGACGUUCAAAGACAUCUUGAAGCCAGAGCUGCCAGACAAUGAAGGAUGCAGUUGGCAUGUAGUGAUGUCAGAAGUUACCGGUAAUGAAAAGGCAACUAAAGUUCUAAAAAUAUAAAACAUUUUCAGUGAUUUUGGGCAAGUCGAAGAUGUGGAGCGGGUGGUCGGUGACGCGCGGCGACGUCAUCGCGAGGCGGGACAAGGGCAGGAGCCGCUCGCACGGCAAGGCUGUGGCGGCGGCCGCUGCUGCCGCGGCUGCAGCCGCCGCCGCGGCACGGAGCUCUCACAUGCACGGGGUGUUCCCGUGCGGGAAGUGCGGCCGCACGUACAUCCGCAAGGACUCGCUGCAGCGCCACCUGCAGUGGGAGUGCGGCAAGGAGCCCACCUUCCAGUGCCCCUUCUGCCCGCAGCGCUCCAAACGCAAGGCCCACCAGCUGCGCCACAUGCGGCGCCAGCACAAGAACCUCAUCUCCGUCGACUGAACCUCGACACGUUACCCGAUCACGACGCGCGGCACAAAUAACGUCUUCAGCGUCUUCUCGACUGGAAGGAAACUCUUAGGUGAAGUUCGUGUCAGCCGGGAUAGAGCACAGUUGUAGUAUCGCUGUCCAAGUUAGCUGUGACGAAUGCUCAACUUUGGGUGGUUUACUUUCAUCGACCCAAAAAAAAAAACAUUAACCUUACCAGCAUCUUUGUGAUCAGUUUAUCCAUUCCAUUUUUAGUUUGAUAGUAUUUAGAUGUUACUUUUGUAUUUAUUUUAAGGAGAUGGGCAUUUAACAAUAAGUUUUAAAAUAGAAUUUUUAUAUGAUUUCCACAUUUGAUGAAUAAAUUUUGUUUUUUUGCUAAUUACUUCAAAUUUCAAAAUAUACAUAAACUAA